UGUUGCUUGAACUGCUUCCCUCCGACAGCCUGAGUCGGUUCCAGGCAAAAUACCUCCCCCCCCGCCGGGGGAGAGCUUGGAGGAGCCAUAACAAAGCAAUAGAACCCCUGCUCUGCAUGCAGCAUGGCCCAGGUUCAGUCUCUGGCAUCUUCAGUUUCUGCCACCAUGGCAGAGUCCCAAGAGAUGGUGGAGCUGCAGCGAGAGGUCAUGGAAGAGCUGGGCAUCUCCCUGGAGGAUCUCAAGCAGUUAAUUGAGGAAGAGCUGGAAAAAUCAGAGUGCAUCAGACAGCGGAAGCAGGAGCUGGAGCAGCUGGAGGAAUGUGUGAAGCAGAAGGAGGCUGAAGUAGCUCAUGUAGACCAGCUCCUGGACAAUGCAGUGAAAGCUGUAGAUAAAUGUGAGGUGCUGGUGAAAGAUGUCUAUGCAAACUUGGGGCUGGAGUACCGAGAGACGGACUCGGAGGAGGAGGAGGCCUCCAGCAAGCCCAUGGAGGUGAUCGAGAUCCCUGAUGAGGAUGAAGACGAAGUUAUGAGCAUCGACUCAGCUGAUGCAAGCAGCAAGAUUGCCAAGGACCAGUCACUGCUCCGAGAAGCCAUGGCUGCCAUGAGGAAGUCCGCCCAGGAUGUGCAGAAGUUCAUGGAUGCAGUUAACAAAAAGUCCAGCAGCCUGGACUCCCAGCGAGGAACCCAGCAGGUGAGUCCCGGCUGCGAGCUCACCCAGGAUGGCGACCUGGCCGUGGGGGACCGCGUCCUGGGCAAGAAGCGGACCAAGACGUGGCACAAGGGCACACUGAUAGCCAUCCAGACAGUGGGCCCGGGGAAAAAAUACAAGGUGAAGUUCGACAACAAAGGGAAGAGCUUGCUGUCCGGCAACCACAUUGCGUAUGACUACCACCCGGCGGCGGAGAAGCUCCACGUCGGGAGCCGGGUGGUGGCCAAGUACAAGGACGGGAACCAGGUGUGGCUGUACGCCGGCAUCGUGGCCGAGACGCCGAACAUCAAGAACAAGAUGAGGUUCCUCAUCUUCUUUGACGACGGCUAUGCGUCCUACGUCGUCCAGCCGGAGCUGUAUCUGAUCUGCAGGCCGCUCAAGAAGUCCUGGGAGGACAUCGAAGACAUCUCGUGCCGGGACUUCAUCGAGGAGUACGUCACAGCCUACCCGAACCGGCCGAUGGUCCUGCUCAAGAGCGGCCAGCAAAUCAAGACGGAGUGGGAGGGCACCUGGUGGCGGUCCCGGGUGGAGGAAGUGGACGGGAGCCUCGUCAAAAUCCUCUUCCUGGACGACAAGCGCUGUGAGUGGAUCUACCGGGGCUCCACCCGCCUGGAGCCCAUGUUCAGCAUGAAGACCUCCACGGCCUCCACCCAGGAGAAGAAACAAGCGGGGCAGACGAGGACUCGGCCCAAUGUUGGGGCCGUGCGCAGCAAAGGGCCGGUGGUCCAGUACACUCACGACUUGACGGUGGCCAGCCCGCAGCAGUUCAAGCCCGCCGAGCAGCCCCCGACGCCGGCGGCCACGUCCCAGCCCGUUUCGCCACAGUUCGUGGACGUGGAGAGCCCUGACAGCCAGCUUGCGCAGGCCAAGAAGCAGCAGGUGGCCAAGAAGAGCACGUCGUUCCUGCGCCCCGGCUCAGCGGGCUCGGGACCCUCCUCGCCCUCCUCCCCCGUCCAGAGCGAAACGCCUCCCGCCGGGCGGACAGGGGUGACCCAGCAGUUCCGGUUCUCGGGGACGCAGCCGGCGGGGGGCUCUGGCCAGCCCUUCCACGGCAUGCUGGACCGGGUGCCCAGCGAGCCCUCCUACCGGGCCCCCGUGGAGAAGCUCUUCUACCUGCCCCACGUCUGCAGCGCGGCCUGCCUCUCCCGCGUGCGCCCCUAUCUCCCGCACCAGUACCGCAGCAAGAACCCGCUGCUCGUCCCGCUGCUGUACGACUUCCGGCGCAUGACGGCGCGCCGGCGCAUCAACCGCAAGACGGGCUUCCACGUGGUCUACAAGACGCCCUGCGGCCUGUGCCUGCGCAGCAUGGCGGAGAUCGAGCGCUACCUCUUCGAGACGGACUGCAACUUCCUCUUCCUGGAGAUGUUCUGCCUGGACCCCUACGUGCUGGUGGACCGCAAGUUCCAGCCCUACAAGCCCUUCUACUACAUCGUCGACAUCACCAAGGGCAAGGAGGACGUCCCGCUGUCCUGCGUCAACGAGAUCGACAGCACGCCCCCGCCCCAGGUGGCCUACAGCAAGGAGCGCAUCCCCGGCAAGGGCGUCUACAUCAACACCAGCUGGGAGUUCCUGGUGGGCUGCGACUGCGAGGACGGCUGCAGGGACAAGUCCAAAUGCGCCUGCCACCAGCUGACCAUCCAGGCCACGGCCUGCACCCCCGGGGGGCAGAGCAACCCCAAUUCCGGGUACCAGUACAAGCGGCUGGAGGAGUGCCUCCCCACAGGGGUGUACGAGUGCAACAAGCGGUGCCGGUGCAACACGGACAUGUGCACGAACCGCCUGGUGCAGCACGGCCUGCAGGUGCGGCUGCAGCUCUUCAAGACGCAGAACAAGGGCUGGGGCAUCCGCUGCCUGGACGACAUCGCCAAGGGCUCCUUCGUCUGCAUCUACGCAGGCAAAAUCCUGACAGAUGACUUUGCUGACAAGGAGGGCUUGGAGAUGGGGGACGAGUACUUCGCCAACCUGGACCACAUCGAGAGCGUGGAGAACUCGAAGGAGGGCUACGAGAGCGAGGCCAAGUGCUCCUCGGACAGCAGCGGCGUCAACCUGAAGGAGGACGAGGACGAGAACUCCGGCUCGGAGGACCCCGAGGAGUCCAACGAGGACAGCUCCGACGACAACUUUUGCAAGGACGAGGACUUCAGCACCAGCUCGGUGUGGCGCAGCUACGCCACCCGUCGCCAGACCCGGGGCCAGCGGGAGAACGGGGUCUCGGAGACGGCCUCCAAGGACUCGGGCCUGACGCGGCAGGUCAGCCACGAGGAGGUGGCCCCCUGCAAGCCCCCGCUCUCCGAGGAGACCUCCAAGAACAAGGUGGCCUCCUGGCUGAGCUCCAACACCAUGGCCGACGGCUACCAGGACAACGACAGCCGCUCCUCCUUCCGGAUGCACGAGGGCGCCGAGGGGAAGCCAGCCAAGGCCGAGCCUGCGGACAGCGAGAAGGGCGGGCGCCCUGGGAAGGAGGCGUUCGGCCUGGACGCGGACCUGAAGGUGAAGAAGAAGGAGGAAUCUGAAGAGCAUGGCAAACCCCUGUCAGCGUGUGGCACGAGCAAACUGUACGGCUACGACCCAAAUCCGGUGAGACCUGAAGGGAUCCGUCGGCCGCUCAGCAAGACCUCCAUGCAUCAGAGCCGAAGGCAGGCCGAGCAGCACGUCGCCAGCCCUGCAGACGAUGUGCUGAUGCUCUCGAGCAGCACGGACAGCGAGGGCGACAACGGGCAGGCUGCGUCAGGGCAGGCCCAGGGGAACGCCAACGACAGUGACGACAUCCAGACCAUUUCCUCCGGGUCCGAGGAAGAGCCUGCUGCGGACGGGAAGAAGAAUUCGCCUUCCGGACUAGGGCCCGUCAAGCGGCAGGUGGCGGUGAAGUCCACGCGCGGGUUCGCCCUGAAGUCCACGCACGGCAUCGCCAUCAAGUCCACCAACCUGGCUUCCGGGGAGAACAUGCCCGUCCGCCGGAACACGCGGCAGUUCUAUGACGGCGAGGAGUCCUGCUACAUCAUCGACGCCAAGCUGGAGGGGAACCUGGGCCGCUACCUCAACCACAGUUGCAGCCCCAACCUCUUCGUGCAGAACGUCUUUGUGGAUACGCACGACCUCCGCUUCCCCUGGGUCGCCUUCUUCGCCAGCAAGAGGAUCCGGGCCGGCACGGAGCUCACGUGGGACUACAACUACGAAGUGGGCAGCGUGGAAGGCAAGGAGCUGCUGUGCUGCUGUGGAGCCAUCGAGUGCCGGGGGCGCCUGCUGUAAGAUGCAUGUGCGUACGUCUCUUUCCAGGGCACGGGCCUCUUCCCUUCCGCCCCGAGAGGCUAGGAGAAGAAACCCUGCUCCGGAAUGGUGCUCUCAUUCUCGGAGCCGCCUUCACACAAGUACUUCGCAUGUUAUGUUUCGGCUGCUGGCCGUCUCACCUGUCGGUUUCGGUUUCGGUUUCAGGCUGACCAUUUUGGAGAGCGAUUGUGCUUGUGUGUGUUUUGUAAAGGAUUUCCUCCCCCUUUUUCCAUUGUUGUAAAGCAAUAAACACACUUAUUUGGGUCUUGAUUAAAA